AUGGCCUUGAUUGAGAGGUGGCAAUCGGAGACGUACACAUUUCAUCUCCGUACUAGUAAGGCUACCAUUACCCUCCAGGAUGCAGAGCCUCAGGUGUUGCCGCCUUAUCGGGAUGAGUUGACUAGGCUCACCGGUUUCGUGGCUCCGGCUGGUGAUAUUUCGGGCCAGAGUCGACUUUUGUUGUCAGCCCUUUGUGCUCACUUGCGCCUCAUAGACAUGCAGCAUCCGAUUGGAGAGGACAUGCCUCGGGCUGAUGUUGACCGAAGUGCGCAUCUAUACCUACUCAUCAUAUUCAGGGCCAUCCUAUUCCCUAACACUUCAGGUUCGCAUGUGAGCUUGAUGUAUCUUCGGUAUAUCGACGAUCUCGCCGAGUUAGGAUGUUAUAGUUGGGGCGCUACUGUGCUGGGCUACAUGUAUCGAGGAUUCUGCCGAUGUUCUAUGGGCACGAGGGUAGAGGUCCCUGCAUUUUGCUCGCUCCUUCAGAUAUGGGUGUGGACUAGGUUGAGACCUUUUCAGCCCAUACCAACUCACCCUCCCGCUGACUAUUUUGCUGUGCCAGUACCAUACGCGCGGAGAUGGUCGCGAGGCGUACGUCGAUGUGCGGAGACGUACCACAACCUUCUCCCGUUUAGGGAUCAACUAGACCGCAUGAAGGCACAGACGGCUUUUAUAUGGACGUCAUAUGAUCAUAAUUUGGAUGAGCUGUCAGCGUUUUGUCAGUACAUGUGA